AUGGCAAACACAGAAGGUUUUCGCCUUGUGAGAUGCCCAAAGUGUCUGAACAUUCUCCCAGAACCGCCCAAUGUUACAGUCUACAAGUGCGGCGGAUGCGGCACCACCCUUCGAGCUAAAAUUCGUGCCAGCAAUGACCAACAUGUGGCUGCAAAACAAGUUCGCCAGGACUCUGACAACUAUUCGGUUGCUACCGCCGUGAGCAAUGGGGUGCCUCCUCAAAACAAAGAUCAAGGCUCCAUUGGUGCUGUCACAGAGAGUUCCUUCAAUGCUGAUGCUCCAAGCACCGAGCGUGACAGCAAUGGAACAAGGAGCAGUGAAAAUGGUGAUGAUAUGCUGGCUGGGCAGAAUGCUGUGGCAGCUGAGGAUACCGAGAAAAUGGGCAAUCACAAUUUUGAAGGCCAGGAUACCAGUUCGAGGGUGGAAGGUCCUGCUGACCAGACAAGCCUGAAUGCAAAUGGUACAUAUUUACAUUCCGGUGAAACAGAAAACCACACCGUGGAACAGCCUAUGGAGAGUUCAGAGACUUGCCGAGUAAGUGGACAUGAUGAUACUGAAUGCCCCUUGAACGCCUCUGAAAAUAAAAUGAUUUCUUCUGAGAUGAGCAAAACAGCAGUCAGUAUGCAAGAUCCUGAGCAGAAGGAAGCAGGCGGAGCCGAACAUGCAGCAAAGAAGAAGAGUUAUCUUGUGAGGGUACUGUCUCGGUCUUGUGAUCUUCGAUCAUCAAUAAACUCGAUUGAUUUCCAUUCUGCACAGACUUCUCUUCAGUCGAAAAGCUUCAGGGCUAGUGAGCCCCUUCAGUCCAAGAUCAUGAACACAGUGGAUGAACUGAAGGGCGACCUUUCUGAAUUGUUCAAUAAGCCUACAGACUGCAAGCCAAAGGCACACCGCCCUCCACGCCCUUCCAAACAAGAUGGCCACAUGACUCGUGCAGCCAUCACAUCCAGUGCACCUCUUGCAGCAUAUCAUCCUGCUGCCAAGCAUUCUGGCUAUGUGUCUCGCCUAAGCAGGUCUGGCCAGGUUGCUCCUCGUGGACUGCCAUCAGUGAGAUAUCGUCGGCACAGGGUUUAUUCAUUCCAUCACAACGUGCAAACGGAAAUGAGACCUUGCCGUCAUGAGUGCUGCCAUAGCUGCCAGCCACCCUGUUACAGAUCCUGCAAACAAGAACCUGCAACGAUGCACAGGCCACCGAUCAUGGAGAUCAGGCGUCGUCCUCCUCCCAGAAAUCACUGCCUGCCAGUCCUACGUGGCGCUCCGUUCGUCAUCUGCUCCAACUGCGUCAGUCUGGUCCAGCUGCCCACCGACUUCGCCGUCCCGAGCAGAGGAACACGCCGGCUGCAGUGCGGCUCCUGCUCCGAAGUCCUCUCCUACUCCUACAAGGACCCCGCCAGGAAGAAGCUGCAGUCACCAUUCGGGGGCGAUGAGUACAGCACCGAUGAGUACGUGAUUCACCACCAGGCUGCCGCCGGCGGCCACAACGCCGGCGGCUUCGAGCAGGCAGAUCCGGUGUCCUACUCCGAAGAGUACGGGCUUUCGUUCGGCGUCAGCCACUCGACCAGCACCGAGGACGGGCAGCCGCUGUACGUGUCAAGGAACUCGUCCUUCAACACCGUCGACGAAAGGAUGGGCAAAGACGGCAAGCUUCACCGGCUGAUGGGGUACUCGUCGGCGAGCGAGCUACUGUGGCAUUCGCCCGACCUGUUCGAGAGCUUCGACAGGCGCACGCCCACCGAAAGACAGGCGCACGUCGACAGGAAGGGUAAAGGCGUUUGCGUGGCAGAAAACGAUGCGGGCGAGCGUGACGGUGCGGAUAUCUGGGUGUAUUUCAGGAAUGUAUCUACUGCAAAACAUAUUAUGGUUUGCCUUGGUGAUGUACAGUUUGCUGACAAAAGUGUUGCUUGGGAUGGUCAGACACAACCUAGCAAGUACCUCAUUCGUCUAAUUCGAAAAUCCUGCAAGAGUAAAAAGGAUCUAAUUGUUCAGAGUGCCAAACUUCAAGCCGUUAUUAAGGAAAAGUUGCUUCAUAAUAAAUUCAUAUCAGAAAUUGGCCUGUUUCGCUAUGUGGACACAAAUUUAGAGCAAGUUCCCAAGACAUUGAGGGAGUCAUUUGAUGAACAUGUUUGUAGAAUUGGUGAAAGUAUUGAGGAUGACUUAGACUACGCCAAAGUCCUUGCAAGGAUUCUUGUUCCUGAGUUGACACCACAAUAUGAUUUUUUGAAGAUGUUCCCAUUGGACUUAGCACUAAAGAUCAAAGAAGCAGAUAAACAUGCAACUAAAUAUCGAGAUGAAAAGCUUUCCAUGCACGACAGGGAAAUCAUUAUGGGAGCUCUUAGUCACCUAUUGGCUGUUCCUAAACAAAGAAAUGAGAUUAUGAUCCGUGUCAAGCGUAUGCAAUCAGAAAUGACAUAUCAUUUUAGGACAUUUGAAGGUACACAUGAAGAACCUAUAAGGGAACCUGCCAAUUUGAAGGAUUCAACAUAUAGGAGGACACUCCUUGAGACUCCUUCUGGUUUUGCCAUUUUUUAUAUUUGUGAGGAUGUCUUUGAACGGCCUCAGGUUGUCUUAGCUCUCGGUUUCGUAAAGGUUCAUGACAAAUCUAUUGUCCGGGAUAGUUGCCAUGGUCCUGGCCAGGAUCUGAGCAGGCUUAUUCAAAAGCUGCGUCCGCAUAAAACUAAAUUGAUUGUUCAAGAUGAUGAUCUUAAAUCUGUCAUUGAGGAAAAACUUCGUGUCCUGCAUGAAUUUAUUCCCCAAGAAAAGGGCAAUUUAACUGAAGACUAUUAUCUACCAAUGAGCAAGGGAUUACAAAAUGUGUUACAAUCAGAUGGUGUCAAUGUCUCACUAGGACAGUCGCUUUCAAGUGAUCUUGAAGAAAAGGUGGCUGAGGUAGCAGCGAAGGUAAACAAAUCAGGGAAAUCUAUCAAUGAUCAUGACAAAGAAGUCGUACUUGCAGUCUGUGGCUACCUUUCAGAUGUUCGUGAAAAGAAAGAACAAUGUCUGCGGUUUCUCAAGCGUAAUGGUUCAGAAGAAGAGUUACCAAGAGUUGGGGAGGCUUAUGAUGAUGCAGUGACCUCAUGCCGAGGUGGCGGGGGCACCGGUAGACACGCCACCACGGCCGCUCUCGCUUCCGCCGUCGCCGCCGCUUCGCUUCUUGAGUUCCCGGAACACCCAGGAGCUCUCCUAGAAGAUGUGCGCGCGGCGGUCGUAGUCGGUGGGCCGGCGGCCCUCGUCGUCCCCCGUGAUGGCCGACUCCUCCAGCACCUCCAGUUCCUCAGGCGCCAGCUCGGCCUCCUUAUCCGCCUGAUCGACCGCCGGCGCCGCUCAUUGUCGGUCCACGACCAUGCACCACGGCUCUCAGUUGUCGGUGGAAGAGAGAACGCUAGUGGAUCCAACUCGAACACCACGGAGGAGAAGGAGAAGCAGCACCAAGCUUGCGGAGGAGAAGAGAUGGGGCAUUGA